AUGUUGGGCUCAUUUAAGCUUAUUUUUGUAUAUAUGUCAUACCUCACACAAUCCUCUGUGUUUCACAACUUGUUCGAAAGCACUAUUUUUAUAAGUACCAUUUUACAAGCUUAUCAGGCAGUUACAAGCUAUGGACUAUGUGUAAGGCAUCGAUGCAGUGCCUCUGUUGACUAUAGUAUAAAGUAUAGUUUGCCAAUCAGAGUAUAAGCAUUAGGAAGGGUAUAUUGUAGGAUAGUUGUUUAUUUAAGCAGGCGGAAAAAGUAUAGAAGUAUAUGAGUUGUGGAUAAGGGAACGAGUGGAGAAAUAUUAUUUAUUGCUAGUCAACAUAGUGUACAGAAGAGUAAAACGUUAAUACAGGAUAAACAGGAAGAAACUCACAGUAACUUGGUGCUGAUGUUAUUUUCUGUUGUCUCAACCAGUUGAUUGGUAACAGGCUCCAUAGAUGCAAGACCACUGGUAGUAGGCAGCCGAUUGUGCGUUCCUCUUGACUUUUUAGGGUGGUAGUGAGUGUCCAUUAUCGACCAAGUUUAGUUUAACAGUAAUGAUAGGUCCAGUGAGUUACCUGUCUACUUCAAGUGAAGAAAUAGGGUGGAAAAAGUAAUUAAUACAACUGCAAAGUAGGAAAAAUAAGGCAAAUUGAAUUUGAAGUCCAUUUUAGUCUAGACAUGGAGAGAGCCUAUGAUAUCUGAGUGGGGCGCAGAUGUGUUCGUACGUGCAAGAUCAGUGUGAGUGAGGGCUUGAUUAAGCAGUUUUACAAACGUAUGUAGUUCAUCCGCCAUGCGAGUUUCGGAGGGAAGACUGUUCCAUAUUAUUGCAUACUUGUUGAGAUAGUGCAUCUGCCGCCAAGUUUUCGGAUAUCAAUUGUGAACUGUGUUAAUUAACCAAAGCGUCAGACUUCUCGAGG